AUGUGUCCCGGUGCAGACCACGAGCCCAAUGGGCAGACAAAUGUCACCAAUGCCAAUGGCGACCACCCCGGUUUCACUGCCGUUGAGACCCGCCAGAACCCUCACCCCUCCACCUCCCGCAACCCCUACGGCCACAAUGUCGGAGUUACCGACUUCUUGAGCAAUGUCUCGCGCUUCCAGAUUAUUGAGAGUACUCUCCGUGAGGGUGAGCAGUUCGCCAACGCCUUCUUCGACACCGAGAAGAAGAUCGAGAUCGCCAAGGCUCUGGAUGAGUUUGGUGUUGACUACAUUGAGCUUACUAGCCCCUGUGCUUCCGAGCAGUCGAGACUCGACUGUGAGGCCAUUUGCAAGCUCGGCCUCAAGGCUAAGAUCCUUACUCACAUUCGAUGCCACAUGGACGAUGCCAGAAUCGCCGUCGAAACCGGUGUUGACGGAGUUGACGUCGUUAUCGGUACCUCCUCCUACCUCCGUGAGCACUCUCACGGUAAGGAUAUGACCUACAUCAAGAACGCCGCCAUUGAAGUUAUCGAGUUCGUCAAGUCCAAGGGUAUCGAGAUCCGAUUCUCUUCCGAGGACUCUUUCCGCUCUGACCUCGUUGACCUCCUGUCCAUCUACUCCGCUGUCGACAAGGUUGGUGUCAACCGUGUUGGUAUUGCUGACACUGUUGGCUGCGCUUCUCCCCGCCAGGUCUACGAGCUGGUCCGUGUGCUGAGAGGUGUUGUUGGCUGUGACAUUGAGACUCACUUCCACAAUGACACUGGCUGUGCUAUUGCCAACGCCUACUGUGCCUUGGAGGCCGGUGCCACUCACAUUGACACCUCCGUCCUCGGUAUUGGUGAGCGCAACGGUAUCACCCCUCUGGGUGGUCUGAUGGCCCGUAUGAUGGUCGCCGACCCUGACUACGUCAAGAGCAAGUACAAGCUCGAGAAGAUCAAGGACAUUGAGGACCUUGUCGCCGAGGCCGUCGAGGUCAACAUCCCCUUCAACAACUACAUCACCGGUUUCUGCGCCUUCACCCACAAGGCCGGUAUCCACGCCAAGGCUAUUCUCAACAACCCCAGCACCUACGAGAUUAUCAACCCCGCCGACUUCGGCAUGACCAGAUACGUUCACUUUGCCUCGCGUCUGACAGGCUGGAAUGCUAUCAAGUCGCGUGCUCAGCAGCUCAAGAUUGAGAUGACCGACAGCCAGUACAAGGAGUGCACUGCCAAGAUCAAGGCUCUUGCCGACAUCCGACCUAUUGCCGUCGAUGACGCCGACAGCAUCAUCCGUGUCUUCCACCGUAACAUCAAGUCGGGUGAGGACAAGCCUCUCUUGGACCUCACCGCUGAGGAGCAGGCCCAGUUCGCCGCCAAGGAGAAGGAGCUGGCCGAAGAGGCCCAAAGAAACGGCGUUGCCGCAUAA